AUGCGUGUACGUGCGUGUACACUGUACGACAAGAGCGGAGCGGAGCUCAUUUCCAAACUCACCACCAAGAGCACAAGAGACUCCAAGCAAACCAUGCUCAAGAAGUGGCUUCUCCCAGUCUGCAUUGCUGCUGUGGGACUCGUGGCUACCUCUGCCGACGACCUCGACGCUCGAGCCAACUCCAUCGUCGAGAACUUCACUGAAAACCAGGUCGUUGGCCAACUGGCGCAGAUCGCCGUCUUUGCUCUGCUGAACGAGGAUUAUUCCUUGAACGAAGACCUGGUGCGCUACUACGCCAAGCGCCAUGUCGGGUCAUUUUUGACCACACCGUUCACGAACGGCCCCAACGAACUCACCUUCGCCGUUGGCUGGAACGUUGCCGAGUGGCGUAAUAUCAUCACCCGCAUCCAAGAGAUCGUCAUGGAAGAGAACGAUGGCAUCCCGAUGAUCUUCGGCAUUGACUCGGUCCACGGUGCUGGUUUCGUUUUGAACACUACUCUGUUCGGCGCUCAAAUCAACGGCGCCGCCACCUUUAACCCGGACUUGGUCUACGAAAUGGGUCGCGUCACUGGCCAGGACACGCAGGCUGCUGGAAUCCCCUGGAUAUUUGGCCCUAUUCUCGAGAUCUCAAGCAACCCGUUGUGGGCACGCACCUACGAAACCUUUGGAGAAGAUCCUCAUCUCGUGUCGCUAUUGACGCUGGCGUUAUGA